GUUGAUUCCUUAAACAGCCAAAAGUCAUGUUUUGAAAUUCAAUCCUUGUUUUCUUCGGUAUAAAUGCACGUGCAAUGCUCCGGAAGCCGCACUUCCAGCAGUCAUGAAGUUCCUACUACUUGCGCUGACGACGCUCCUUGCGUCAGCUCGUUCCGAAGACCUCCACUCCCUCCGUUACAAAACCGUCGAGGGCGCCUACUCGGAAUGCUGGCGCCUACUGCAGCUGUCAUCCCGUCAAAUCUGGCAACCGUGCGCCCCCUGCGAGAACCACUGCUGUGCGACCCUCUUACGCCUCUGGAACGACGCCGACUCCUCCAUCCGGACCCCAAUCUGCCCGCGGUUCUUCCACAGCAAGCUAGAAUCCAGCAAAUUCCUCGCGGACGCCGAUUGCUGCGCCAACCGGAUGCUGGAGCAGGUCCCGCCGAAAGAAAAAUGCCGUCGCACCGACGGGUACUACCUCUGCUUUAACGCUUCCGGCAUCCUUCAGCACGACCGCAAGUACUUCCUGCCGGCAACGGAACUUCAGCAGCAACGUUCCGUGUCGGAGUGCGCCGACUUUCUGCAGAUCAACUCCGACGACGAGUGGGCGCAGAUUUUCCACCGUGGUUUGGUUAGCGAUCCGCGCGGACGUUGUCUGAUUCGGUGCGUUCUCGUCCGGCAGCAGCUGUACAGCGAAGUCUUGGGGGUUAACGAACGCCGAGUGUUUGUCCAAAGUGGCAACCUGCGCGACGAGGAGCACUUCCGGCGGGGGGUACGACAGUGUGUGCAGCGGCUGGAGCGAACCUGUUCGGAUCGCUGCACGCUGGCAGCACGGAUCGCCGCCGAAUGUCUCGGGCAAAAGUUGUGGAGUGACAUCGAGAGAGCGGUGAAAGUUGUUGGUAAACAAAGAAACGGGUGUUGA